AUGGACACGCGGCAACCGGCGUUGGUCGAUUCGCCUUACCUUCGCUCCCUAAUCGCCGGCGGCAUCGCAGGCACCACUGUAGACACAUCGCUCUUCCCGCUCGACACCCUCAAAACCCGGCUCCAAUCCUCUGCCGGCUUCUGGGCCUCCGGAGGCUUCAGCGGCGUCUACAAUGGUAUCGGAUCUGCUGUAGUCGGCUCAGCGCCAGGAGCCGCACUCUUCUUCGUCACCUACGAGAGCGUGAAAGCGCAGUUCACGGCAGGCCGAGAUCUAGGUAGUUAUGGCACGGCAGGAGCACAUAUGCUGGCUGCGAGUCUAGGAGAGAUAGCAGCUUGUGCUGUCCGAGUCCCAACGGAAGUAGUGAAGCAGCGGGCGCAGGCAGGACAGUAUCCCACGUCCAUGACAGCCCUCACCUCGAUCCUCGCUCAACGGAGUUCCCAUGGAACACUGCAUGUCUGGCGAGAACUCUACCGCGGCUGGGGCAUAACAGUCAUGCGCGAAGUACCUUUCACAGUCAUUCAGUUCCCUCUCUGGGAAGGGAUGAAACGGUGGUCACUUCAACAACGCACAGGUCCGAAGCCCAAGGACGUCACGGGGGCGGAGAGCGCGAUUUACGGGUCGAUCUCGGGAGCAGUCGCCGCAGGCCUCACGACUCCACUGGAUGUAUUGAAAACGAGACUGAUGCUUGCCAAGGAGCGGGAAAGCGCUGCUGCAAUCACCGCCAGGAUAUGGCGGGAGGAAGGUGGGAAAGCGUUCUUCAGUGGGAUUGGGCCGAGGACGAUGUGGAUUAGUAUUGGGGGGGCUGUGUUCCUGGGCAGCUAUCAAUGGGCGAGCAAUCUGCUUGGAGGCAUGUAA